AGCCCAUCAGCAGCAGCGGGCGGUGGACCAGGCGGAGGGCCGGACUCCUCCCAGUCCCACUUUUCCUCCUCUCUCCCCACCUACCUCCCCGUCCAGUGCCAACUAAGUGGUGCUGAUUCCGCCUUCUUCCUACGAGAAGCCAAUCAGGAGGUGAUGCGAAAUGGCAGCCUAUCAUCACGGACUGAGCCCUUCUUUCUCCACCAGCUAGAACCAGGCGUUUCUGCCCCGCAAGCCCUGCCAAGUGUAAACUGCAGUUAUGGAAAUAUGAGCAUUGAGCAGCCAAUCCCUGUGGAACUGCUUCAAGGUCCACCACCACAUCUGCUGCUCUCAACAACCCACGUGACGUUGAACUGGAAAGUCAAAGGUCAAGUAGUGGUGCCCAAAGUGGGGUCAACAAGGCCCUGGAUACAGGUACUGUUUUACCUGGUAGGGCGACGCUGGGAUGAGCCUGACCCGCCUCCUCCAUCCCUCUUCCCAUGUGUCAGGGCCUUGGCCAUCCGUGACACUAGUGAAGCAGCACCCUCGGCAGGCUGCCGACUCAUGGGACCAUCUGGUAUCUGUGUUGUCCGUCUGGAGAUUCCCCCAGCUUGGUUUACACCACCACAAGUGAGAAAAAGACCUCCUGAAGUGGCUCUGCCAUCAGUGGAUGUGUAUUACUCAAUUAUACCAGUGGAAUGGGCCGGUCAAGACUGUCCUUCCAUUGUUAAUGAGCCAUGGAAAGCUCCGAGCGCAAAUGCUGGGCCUCAUGGAGGCCUGGCCAUGGGCCUUGGGGGACAGUGGAGCACCCUAGUGGAUGGAGGUCUUCAGGACAUGCUGAAAGCUGGUUCUGUUGCAAUGAGCAUGGGCCCUGUUUCUGCCAAAGGAGAAAGACUACAGUUAGAUGACAAUGUGGAAGUUCUGGAGCCUCCCAGCCCUGUUCGUCUUGGCAGAACUGUGGCGUUUGCUAUCUACAUGAAGACAGAUUCAAAUAUGGAACAGUUUACAUUGAGGGUGUGGUUCCAGUCAGGUAUCAACUUCCUGGCUGUGAAACCCAGCAACCUUGUCGCGUGGGAGAUCAAACAGGAAAUGGCACCGGGAAGCAGUUCGUUGGCAGUGAUGUGCCAGAGAAAGGCCUCCUCCACAGCAGAGAGAUUGGAAAGUCCUUCCUAUGAGGUGAUGCAGCUCGACUUUGAGGUGGACAAUGUGAUUAACCUGGUGCCAACUCAGACUCUACACUGGAGCGUUGAGUACCCAGCUGGCACACAGACAACUUCCAGGCAAACAGAGAAAGUCUCACACCUCUACAUCAGCAGUGCCGACAUACAGGGCAUCGUACCACUGGCUGAGGACACAGAGGUUGUGAAUACAGCCAUCCUAACUGGUCGACGUGUCGCAGUGCCAGUCAAAGUGGUGACUGUGGAAAGUGAUGGGCAGGUGAGGGAGGUGGAUGACUCUAUCACCUGCAGCUCAUCAGAUGUGGAUGUGGUGAAGGUUUCCCCAAACUGUGACCAGGUUUUGGUGAAUGGCAAAGAAAUGCGUGGUCGGCAGUCUUUAACAGUCAAGUUCUCAUACCUGCACCUAUCUGCUCAGCUUCAGCUCACCGUCUGGGUACCCAAGCUACCGCUCCAGAUAGAUGUGUCAGAUACGGAGCUCAGUCAGGUCAAGGGCUGGAGGGUGCCAAUCAUCACUAACAAGAGACCUACCAGAGACAGUGAAGAUGAUGAGGACGAUGACAGAAAGGGCAAAGGCUGCACCCUGCAGUACCAGUACGCUUUGGUGCGGGUCCUCACUCAUUUUGUCGCAGAACCAUCUGACCCAGGUGGAGAGAUGGUUUACAUGCUGGGUGCUGACUGGCAAGCUGAUAUCACUCAUUUGGUCUUGGACCAAUUAAAGGUAGAAGAUCCUCGCAUUGCCAGACUAAUAGAUGGACGAAUCUUAGUCGGGCGGGACCUGGGGAUCACCAAUAUACAGGUUCUGUCCCCCCUGUCUGACUCUAUUCUGGCAGAAAAGACUGUGACUGUAUUAGAUGACAAGGUCACCAUUACAGACCUGGGAGUCCAGUUGGUUGCAUCUUUGUCCCUCACAAUGACUCCAAGUCCUGUAAAUUCCCAGGCCAUACAACUAACAACUACAGCUGCUGACUUGCUACAUACACCUAAACAGGAAGCUGUGAUCAGUGCAUGGAUCCAAUACAGCGAUGGUUCAGUGACACCACUGGAUAUAUAUGAUCCCAAAGACUUCCUGCUCUCAGCUGUCUCAUUGGAUGAGAGUGUCAUUUCUGUUACCAAUCAGGAACAGCACUGGCCCAUUGUAGUAGCAGAAGGUGAUGGACAGGGGGCAUUGUUUCGAGUAGAGAUGGUCAUCUCUGAAACGUGUCAGAAGUCAAAAAGGAAGAGUGUGCUGGCAUCUGGAGUUGGAAAUGUUAUAGUUAAGUUUGGAGCAAAAAGUGAAGAAAAAGGAGUGAUGGGAAGAGGUGGGCAAGAUGAUGGUGGAGGGAUAGAUAACAGCACCAGUGAACAACGGACAAAGGAUGGAGGAGAGUGGAAAUCUAACAGUGCAGCAGUGGACCGAGAGGAAGGAGCCAUGAGGAAGGUUAGCUCAACCACCAAGAGCACAGUAACCCAUCGUGCUUCAGGUGGCAAAGCUGCCAGUGGUGGCAGCAGCAGUAGUCGAGGCAGUGGUCCCAGCCAAGGAGGGGACUACAGUAGCUACCCAGCACAAGUGGAGGUACCAGGGACUGGAAAUAGUGAGCUAACCCAGACCACAAGAGGCCUGUCAGACCUGGAGAUUGGGAUGUAUGCCCUUCUGGGAGUAUUCUGCUUGGCAAUACUGGUUUUCCUCAUCAACUGUGUCAGCUUUGCUUUCAGGUACCGCCACAAACAAGUGCCAGUGCUAGAGGCAGGAGGCAACAUGAACCACGCCCAUGACUGGGUGUGGCUUGGCACUGAGGCUGACCUUUUAGCGGACCACUCUGACCAAUGCCAGGGUGGGGUGCCAGAUGAGUGCACCACCAUCAUAGACCGGAAUGAAGGGGGAUACGAGGAGAACAAGUACCUACUGAAUGGGGCCGGUAACACCUUGGUAAUGGGCAUGGGCACCAUAAGUAGGAGCGGGGCCACAGGUGGACACCGGGGCAUCACCCAUGGACAAACCUUGCCUAGAUCUGUUCCAGAAUCGCAUCAGUGCCUUUCAGCAAUCACUACUGGUGGCAAAGAUGCCACAGGUCAAAAGGAGCAUCUGAAUAAUUCCCCCCAAGCCACAGCUGCAGCUGCUGUUGCAGCAGCCAAACGCAAACGCGUCAAAUUCACAUCUUUUGCCACUGUUCUGCCCAAUGAUAAUUCAGGUGGUGGUGGCCCAUACACCAACUCGUCAGUCCUGGUGACGAAUGGGAGUGAAGAUGAUAUCAAGUGGGUGUGUCAGGAUAUGGACCUGGGUCAGUCUGAAAUCAGAACCUAUAUGGAGAGGCUACAAGACAAUCUGUGACUGAUGGGGAAGAGACUGAAUAAGGGAGGUGCAGAGGAUUAGUACAGUAGGGGGGGAGAAUGGACAAUGAGUACAAUUCACCUAUAAUGCCUUUGCAGUGGAUAUAUGAAGGGAGAAAGGGAGAGAUAUGAGAAACUUGAAGGGAAUAUAAAGUGUGACGAUGAGCUUGGAAGAGUAUCUAAGAGACAUUGUGUUGAGUUGGGGAACGCUUACAUUUAGCUUCCCUCAGGCAACGAAAAGCAUCACUAGCUCACACUAAAAUUAAUGGUAGCAAAUAAUAAAUAACUUUAUGAGUUUCUUAUGUUUUAUUUAUUGUGAAGAUAUUAGUGUAAAACCAAUAAUAAAGUCACUAUUGUUUUAAAUGUUUCCUUUCAGAAAAUUAGUAAACCAUUGUAUAGAUGCAUACAGUAAAUUCAGGGUAUGUUAUUAGACAUUUGUAAGCCACUUUACAUUUAAAUGAGGAUGGGAAGAACUUAGGUCAUGUCCUGCCUUCAGAAGUCUUUUUUACUCAUGUGGUAUAUUGCCAACAUUUUCUGUGGCCGUUGAUUAACCAUUGAUCUACUUUUGAUACACAAACCUGUCAUUUACCUACAAGUCUGCCGAACGGUUCUGUAACAAAUCACCGAGUUCUCUGAUGAAUAUGUGUUGUUGGUUUAUCAUGUGACCCAUUUCUUAUGGCAUUUCUCAUAAGUAAUAUGUGAAAUGUAAUAAAUAUAUAUAUAGUCCAAGUACUCAACUAGAAAUUCAGGCAUUUUGCAGUUACUAGUGGGAAUUGCCAUUCAGCUCUGUAUUCAGGCAAUCGUGCUCGUUCUUGAAACCUGAGAGUUGGAAUGUGAUACGUCUUACAAAAGACUGUUUCUCCCUUGGAUCCAAGACAGAGGCAUUUAUUCUUGCACAAUUACAAACAGGAAAGGACAUUAGCCAUAUUUGAGGCUGAAUUUCUGUUUUCUGAAACCCUGCAGCCAAUGAUGGCUUUCUCCCCCUAUCCAGAACCACUCCUGUCAUCCCCCGGCCCAUCUCCUUGUCUGUGAUUGGACAACAGUAGAACCUUUGUGAACUUAAAAAGAAAAAAAGGAGAAAAAAAGAGAAAGAAAAAACACCACACAGUGAAAUACUGAGUGUAAGGGGACUGACUGAGGUGUCUCAUAUAAAGAAGGAAGCUGGUUGGGCUUCGGAAAGCCUGACUGAGCACUUAAUAAUGAAGAUUAUUAAAAAAAAAAAGUACCAUGUAGGCAACCAGACAGACAGUAAUACCUACAGUGCUGAACAUGGAGCUAACACUGAGCUACAUGCUCCUGAAUGACAUGUGAAUGGAUAUCUGAUAAAUAGAUAUGGAUGCGUACCAACCUGUUGAAUAUUAUUGUGAAUAUAUUGUUUUCCCUUUUGUUUGUUCUUUUUGAUAAAUAGAAGGUUUUAUGUUUUUCUUUAUGUUUUUUUUCCCUAAUUUGGGAAGAUAUUAACUGUAGCUUUUAAUUUCAGAGAUUUAUUAAGAUUUAAGAAUAUAUGAUCCUUUGAUUCUUUUCUUUUUUUCUCUCUCUCCUAGACACCUAUUUAUUUAAAUUGACGUUUGAGAGGGUGAGGAAGGAAAGACAGGGCAAGGACAAAGACCGAAAGUAAUAGGCCUGCUGGUGAAUGAUAGCACAUAAAACAAUAAGUGGAAAGAAGGACUCAGAACAGGCAGAGGUUGCCUCACCUUCAUUAAGCUCAGGUGACGAGUUAUGAAGAACCGACAAUAAAAAAGAAGAACUGUAAGAUGUUAAGAUUGCAAUAUUUAUUUAUAAAUGUGUUACUGUUUCAGAGUACACUGUAUGUUGUAAAUAAAUAAACAUGCUUCAAAGUGCUUGUGAAUAAGAUUGCAGGCCACUAGCCAACAACUUGGUGAUAUUUUGUACAUUUUACAGUGCAAAUAUGGUACACAAUACUAUCUACCACCACAAUGUGAAAGUGAUCUUAUUGGUUCUUAUUUUCUAAAGAUGUUCCAGUCUCUACUUCAAGUAUUGAAUGAGUUCUUGUCUUUGUACAGGGUAGAAAUCAGUUUACCUCCAUGAGAUGUAAAAAUGGAGGCCAUCGCACUCAGAAUGGUUUGAGAAUGGCGAGUCUCAGAGGUCCAUUUAGGAGAGCAAAUAAAAACCAACUGUUGGGGUGUUUUUUUUUUAGUGGGCUCAUCGAAGAGAAAACAAGGGCAGGAUUUUGAUUAUUAUAAGCAUCUCUAUUUUCAAUCAUUUCUUAAACAAGAAACAUUUGAAAACCAAAUCCCAAAUGAUUUAUGGGAAUAAAACGAAAUGGUAGCUUAAACAGACACAGAUAAGAGACCUGAGCUGAUGCCAAAUGGGCAACAAAAUCUGCCCCAUGGCCUCCACCAAAGCAAUAGAUACUUUGACUGAUGAUGACAACUAUACUGUAUGUUCUGGACACAUUACUGUAUCUAGCCUUCUCUACUCUCAAAUGUAGUUAUAAGACUGCUGUGCUCAAAAGGAACAGUCAAUAGAACUAGUUCAAUAGUCGCUUAAGGUAUAAGUGUAGCAAUGUUCUCAGAUGAAAAACCUUUCUGAACACGCUGUGAAUGUAUCCAUACUUUACAGCUUUGGAAAUCCGUUUUACCUUUUUUUAUUUUAAAAACUGUAUAAAUGUCAAAUUAAAAAAAUACAAGGCUACUUAUGAGCGGUUGCGUUGAAGGUGUUUCAGGAAGAAAUACAUGUAGUCUGUAAAAAAUAAUAAAGUGUCGGUGAAGAGAACAAUUCACUACAUGCUUAUUAAACUACUGCUGAACUUUGGGACAUGUCCUGGGAGAAAUAGUUUUAACUUAUUCUUCUACACCCAUCAGGGAUAAUCUAAUAUUAUGAGGUCAUUACUUCAUGAUAUAAAGCGCCUUGACGUGACUGUUGUUGUGAUUUGGCUAUAUGAAUAAAACUGAAUUGGACUGAACUGAAUUGCCACAGUUGCUGGCUUCUAGAGGGCAGAGUUCAUUCAUGUGAAUUUGGUUCCAUCAGUAACAUUUCAUAGAUUUAGACACAGAACUGUAAGUGCAGAAUCAAGAUACCGUUUUAAUUUUGUUCUUCUCAGAAAUUGUCUUUGUUGGCAUACAGGUAAAUUAAUGCCUUAUAUCGUAUGCCAAUUUUUUAAAUUUUUUAACAAAAGCUGUUUUUUGUUUAUUUGUUUUGUUUGUUUGUUGUAGUUGCACUUAGUAAGAUGAUUAGGCCUACAGUGUGUCUUUUUUGGUCAGUCAGGAACAGUUGCCUUAUUUUUCUGACAGAAAGGAAGCAAUGCUUUGUUUUCAGGAAAGUUGUCCGACUUUGCAGACUUCCCUUGUCAUUCCCAAUCUUGCUAUAGCACUCCAGUAUCGCACCACUCAGACAGUAUAAAAGAUGGGAGCAGCUUCUGGUUCCUGAAACAUGAAGCCAGUGUGGAAGUGCCUUAAAGCGCAUUCGAGCUGAAGGCUGCUGAAUGACAAUAGCUGUGCUUGCAAAGACUUACUUUCCUAUACAAGUCUAUGGAAAACUGGCUUUCUGCCUUGACCUCUGUAAACACACCUGAUGUGUUUAUGGGCUCAGUCACUAUUUUGGGUCACAUUCAAUAAAAAAAUAAGUCAAUUUUAUAAAUCUCGGCCACACAAAAUCUUGGUCUUAUUAAAAAAGAGGAUUAUCCACAGUACGUUCUUGUCAAAUACACGUUAGCUGAUGACUUGUCAAUCACGUCGUCAGCCAAUGAGCAACACAGUAGCUACGUCCACCUUUCAUACUGGCUGUGAUUCCAGUUAAAUCAUCUCCAAGUUGUUUUCAGACCCAUGUACAUUCUAAAAAUAUGCAUUUUUCACUAAAAACAAACAAAAACUAUUUCUCUUGGAUAAAGCCGGAUAACAGCAGUAGCUCUGAUAAGCAAGCAGAAACAUACUAAUAUAGAAGGUACAUUUGACCCCAUAGGCACAGGUUAGAUUUUACAAAAGGUGUUAAACUGUUAUGUAGUCUCACAUGGGCAGCAGCUGAUUAUACUACAAGUAGAGGAGGUACUAGCAGAU